UAUUAUUAUUGUCCUGAUUAUCCUCCACUUUCCCUUUCCUUUCGUUUUUGCUCCCUCUCUCUCAUCUCUCUGUCUAUCGUUAUCAUCUGGUUGCGCUCUCUCUCUCCGUAAUCGAACCUCAUAAAUCAAUCGUAAUUAAACAAACCAUUUUCAAGUCCGAGACACACACAGAGAAAGUCGGUGGAAGAGAGAGAAGCAGCAGCUUAGCAGAAGCAAAGAGAAGCCAAAACCACGCCACAAGCGCACACAGACUCGGAGCCGCCGAUCUAGUCGCCGCAUCAGAUGCCGAUAGCUUCUCCGGUCGAAUCUCCGCCCACAUUAUCGCCGGCAUGACAGUCUACGAGCACCUCGCCGGUCACUAGGGGUUCAAAUGAACGGGAUGCAGAUCAGUAAAGCUCACAACACAGACAAGCCUUUCCCAGGAUGCUUGGGAAGAAUGGUGAACCUCUUUGAUUUGAGUACUGGGGUUUCUGGAAACAAGCUGCUCACCGACAAACCCCACCCUGAUGUUUUGAUAGGCUCUUCACUCUCAAGGAGUCAAUCAGAUGUGGCAACAAUGUUGGGUCCUCCCCCAUUUGGAGAUCAAAUAGAUGAUAAACUGAUUGUGUCUGAGUUGAGAAGAAGUUCUUCAAACAAUAAAGUAUGUGGAACACCCAUAAAGAUGCUUUUAGACCAAGAAAUGUCAAAAGAAGUGGAGUCUAAGAAGAAUCCACCCAAUGUGGUUGCCAAGUUGAUGGGGCUUGAUUCUCUCCCACGAGAGCAGCCUGAUUCAGUUUCACAAAGAUGCUCACAAUGUACUAAUCAUUCCGGCAUGCCAUUGGGAUGUUGGCAGCAAGAUGGGUUUUUGGACAAGGGAAUGCUUCGUGAAUUUCAUCAGUGUUCAAAGAAAAAUGAUUACAAAGAUGUUUAUGAAGUCUGGCAGCAACCUCAGAAGACAAAUUAUGGAAGAAAUAAAUCACCGCAGAAGGGAGGGUAUAAUGAAAAAGUUAAUGAGAAGAAGAUGGCUCUUGUUCGUCAGAAGUUCAUGGAAGCAAAACGCUUGGCCACGGAUGAGAGGCUUCGCCAAUCCAAGGAAUUCCAAGAUGCACUUGAAGUAUUAAGUUCCAAUAGAGAUUUGUUCCUCAAGUUUCUGCAAGAACCUAAUUCCCUGUUUUCUCAGCAUCUAAAUGAAUUACAAUCUAUUCCUCCUCAACCUACCGAGACAAAGCGGAUCACUGUUCUCAGACCUUCAAAGAUGGUUUCUAAUGACAAAUUAUCAGGAUCAGGGGACAAGAGCGAUGAACACACAAAGAAAUCAGUUCAGGUCGGUCAAGCAGCUGCAUGGGACAAAAGCCACCAUGGAUACUCACCUAUUUCUGAUCAGAAAGUUGAUGACUAUCCUGUUCAACCAACUCGGAUAGUGGUAUUGAGGCCUAGCCCUGGGAAGACUCCUGAUGUUAAGGCUGUGGUUUCUUCACCUACGUCAGCACCAACAAUAUUACAUGGUGAAAACUUCUAUGAGGAACAUGAAGAUGAUGAGGAGCGAGAAUCAAGAGAAGUUGCAAAGGAGAUCACACAGAAGAUGCGUGAUAAUUUGAUGGGUCAUCGGAGGGAUGAAACUUUGAUUUCCUCCGUCUUUUCCAAUGGUUAUACCGGUGAUGAGAGUUCAUUUAACAAAUCAGAAAAUGAAUAUGCAAAUGGAAAUCUCAGUGAUUCAGAAGCUAUGUCACCAUCUUCUAGGCAUUCAUGGGAUUACAUUAACAGGUUUGGCAGCCCUUUUUCUUCAUCCUCCUUCAGCCGUGUGUCAUGUUCUCCAGAGUCAUCUGUUUGUAGAGAGGCAAAGAAGCGACUUUCUGAAAGAUGGGCUAUGAUGGCAUUAAAUGGGAAUCCUCAGGAACAAAGGCAUGCCCGGAGGAGCUCUAGUACAUUGGGUGAGAUGCUUGCUCUUUCAGAGAUAAAGAAGCCAGCAAGAUAUGAGGAUGAGAGCAGUCAGAAGGAACAAGAACCAAGGGAAUCAGUUUCAUGCUUAAUUAAUGGUUCUAGUAAAGAAGAAGGUGCGGAUGAUUCCCCCAGAAAUCUUUUGAGGUCAAAAUCUGUCCCUGUAUCUUCUACAGUAUAUGGUGCCAGGGUCAAUGUUCAAGUUUCAGAUCCCGAGGCUGGCAAGACAGAUGUUCCUAAAGAGCUAACUAAGGCAAAGAGCAUGAAGUCAUCGUUUAAAGGGAAAGUCUCAAGUUUAUUUUUCUCCAGAAAUAAGAAAUCAAAUAAAGGGAAAUCUGAUGUUUCUCGAUGUAACAACGAAAAUGAAUCUGCCCUUGCUGAACCACCAAAUUCUCUGGUUCCUCCUGGUAUAAUUAGUGAUGAUGCAUCUCAGUGUGCUAAUGAUGGUGGCCUUGAAGGGUGUUUGUCUCCUGCUUUAUUUGGAUAUUCGGGAAAAGAAUCUCCAGAUGUAACAAAUAUGGGACAAAGACAAGGCACAGUUCCACCGGAGGCAGGGUUGUGUCUGACAAGGCCUGUGGUGCCUGGAAAUGUUGUCGAGAAUCCUGAUCAGCCAAGUCCAAUAUCAGUUCUAGAACCACCAUUCGAAGAGGAUGACAAUAUAAUUCAGGAGUCCUCUUUGGAUUUGAAGCCAGACCACCUAGGAAGACAUCUCAAGUCUAACUUGAUUGACAAAUCACCACCUAUAGGAUCAAUUGCCCGGACGCUGUCAUGGGAUGAUUCUUGUGCAGAGACUGCGACACCAUAUCUAUUAAAAUCCCCUUCAGUUUCCGCUGAGGAAGAAGAACAAGACUGGCAUGUCAUUGUCCAGACUCUUUUAUCAGCAGCUGGCCUACAUGGUGAGGUGCAGUGUGACUCGUUUUUCACUAGAUGGCAUUCGCUCGAAAGUCCAUUGGACCCAUCUCUGAGAGACAAGUAUGCCAACCUAAAUGACAAAGAGCCUCUGCAUGAGGCUAAGAGAAGGCAAUGGCGAUCAAGCCGGAAGCUUGUAUUCGAUUGUGUUAAUGCAGCCUUGGUGGACAUCACUGGUUAUGGGUCAGACGGCGGCACAAGAACCCUGUCAUGUAGCGGGGCCCACGACAGGUUUUCAGAGGGUGAUUCUUCCCUAUUGGCAGACCGUGUGUGGGGCCGAGUGAGGGAAUGGUUUGCCAGUGAGGUGAGGUGCGCUUCAGGGGAGGGUGGGGACAGCAACAGCCUGGUGGUGGACAGGGUGGUGAGGAAGGAGGUUGUGGGGAAAGGGUGGUCUGAACAUAUGAGAUUCGAAAUUGAUAAUUUAGGGGAGGAGAUAGAAGGGAAAUUGCUGGAAGAGCUCGUGGAGGAGGCUGUGGUUGAUUUGACAGAGAGGACAUGACCGAACUUUUUAUUAAUUUUCCAUUUUAAAUUUUACUGUAACUCUCUCUCUCUCUCUCUCUCUCUCUCUCGCUCUCUCUAUUAUUUUGUGUAUGUGAUUUUCAACAAUGGUGGUGGCCCUAACCGACCUUUAAUUGUUUAAUGCCGCAGAUGUUUCAGUUAAUCAUUAUUUCGUAAUUUGAGACCACUCUGUUUAUAUACAAGUGUACAAUAUUAUUUGGCAGCUGACUUUUGUCGCACGUUCAAAUCUCUCUCGUUGUUUGUAAGUGGUGUACUUCAAUACAAAUUGAGAAGAAUUGCAGGA